CCAGGUGUGAGGCAGAUUUGAUAUUGUGUUUUGAAAAUCACUGAUUACUGCGCUAGUGAUGGAUCUGAACGCUCUUUUCAAGGGUAGAUUCUGUUGCUUUCUCAAGGACCCACUUGAAGAGGCUGAGACUUGGGGAGAGUCUGUGGACAAACUCCUGUGUAGUAAAUCUGGGCAGGCAGCUUUCCGACAAUUCCUGAAGUCAGAGUAUAGUGAGGAGAAUAUCCUGUUUUGGCUGGCCUGUGAGGACUACAAGAAGAUCAAGUCUCUUCCAGGGAUGAUCUCCUCUGCAAACAGGAUCUACUCUGAGUUUGUGGAAUGUGAAGCACCCAGACAGAUCAACAUUGAUUGUGGGACCAGAGAAAAUAUCACCAAGAACAUCUCCCAGCCGAGCCUGACUUCCUUUGACGCGGCACAGAAGUUGAUCUACAGUCUGAUGGCCAGGGAUUGUUACCCACGAUUCCUCAAGUCAGACAUCUACCAGGAUUUGCUGAGGAGAGCAGAUGCAAGGUGACUCUCUUGAAUAACAAACGCUCUAAGUGUUUCUCAACAUUCUAUGUACCAGACACUGGCAAGCUAUAGUCCCUCUAUCCAUGGAGGACCACUUUGAUUAAAGGAAUGGUUUUAUUUCUUUUUUACCUUAUUUUCGACUUACCUAGGAUGUCGUUACCUAUGGUUUAGUUUAGCAACGUCCAGAAUAUCCUGGCUAGACUGUGUUUAAAUGUAGCAAUGCACGUGGAAAUGGAUUGUAUCGUUCCUUAAAACUAGCACCUGAGAACUGACUAAAUGGCUGUCAGCUAACCAUUUAACCAGGAACUGGUCGAGAACAACCCAGAAGUUGAGAAACACAUUCUUUCGCCUCUUUCAUCUACUUAUGCUUACCAUGUCAUUGCAAUCCAUGUCCAAACAAUAUCAGAGAUAUCCUUUCUUUAACCGGUGACUACAUUUAAUGGGUUGAUUCCAUCCUCAAUGAAUGUAUAUAGUAUAAUGUGUGCAAUGUUGGUUGUAUUUAACUAAGUUAUUUGUAGAGAGUAAAAUGCCAAAAUGUUGCCCCUUUGACUAUAAAUUAGAUGACGAAUAAGUUCUUAAUUUGUAUCAAUAGUAUUAUCACUUCUGUAUGUAAUCAGAUACUGUCUCAAAUUGAAAUUAAAAUGAUCUGAAUGAA